UCUCGGCUCUUGGGGGGGGGGGAUCGUGAGGCAGCGAGGGGGACAGCUCCGCGCCCUGUCUACUCAGCUCAGGAACCAGGUUGGCACUUCUCAACGAUGGGCAGGAGGGACCUCGGCGGCGACCCCUAAAAUAAUACCAUGCCCCGGGAGCCCAGCUGCUGCCGCGCCAGCUUCUUCCCUUUCCACCUCCCAGACCCGGUCGGAUUCGGAUGAGCCAGCUUGGAGGAGUCGUGGCUGCCAGAUUUCAGAUUGAGCUUCAUCAAGAGGUUCAUAGGCUGAUCAACGCGGACACGAUCCACAACAGAAUAAGGGAAUCCCUCCAGCCCAGUUGCACCCUCAUGGACCACUAAUAUUUUGGCAUCACCCCUUUACCAGUGUGGAAAAUUCUCACAAUCAAGUUUUAUUUUUGCACAUGGAGGACAGAAGCAAAGAGGGCAAUAAAGGCUGAUAAAACCAGAGGCCUCAAAAGAUUUUUUUUCCACUGUGUGGGCCUUCGAGACUUUUCCUCUAGCUGCAGUUUUGGACUUUGACAGAAUCCCAUUCUGUCCUUUUCGGUUUUGGUAUCUGGUUUUUGUUUUCAUUUUGUUUUGUCACUUUUGAUUUCCCCCAUCACAGUGUAUUUUAUUUCUGUACUUCAGAAAUGGGCCUGCAGACCACCCAGUGGCCCAGCCGUGGGGCUUUUUUCCUGAAAUCUUGGCUUCUCAUUUCCCUGGGGCUCUACUCACAAGUGUCAACAGUCUUGGCGUGCCCUAGCGUGUGCCGCUGUGACAGGAACUUUGUCUACUGUAACGAGCGAAGUUUGACCUCAGUGCCUCUUGGGAUCCCGGAGGGCGUAACCGUACUCUACCUCCACAACAACCAAAUUAAUAAUGCUGGAUUUCCUGCAGAACUGCACAAUGUACAGUCGGUGCACACCGUCUACCUUUACGGCAACCAACUGGAUGAAUUCCCCAUGAACCUUCCCAAGAACGUCCGAGUUCUCCAUCUGCAGGAAAACAACAUUCAGACCAUUUCACGAGCCGCGCUAGCCCAACUCUUGAAGCUGGAGGAGCUGCACCUGGAUGACAAUUCUAUAUCCACAGUUGGGGUGGAAGAUGGGGCCUUCCGGGAGGCGAUCAGCCUCAAGUUAUUGUUUCUUUCCAAGAAUCACCUGAGCAGCGUGCCUGUGGGACUUCCCGUGGACUUGCAAGAGCUCCGAGUGGAUGAAAAUCGGAUUGCUGUCAUUUCCGACAUGGCCUUUCAGAACCUCACGAGCUUGGAGCGUCUGAUUGUGGACGGGAACCUUCUGACCAACAAGGGCAUCGCCGAGGGCACCUUCAGCCAUCUCACCAAACUCAAGGAAUUUUCCAUCGUCCGGAAUUCACUCUCCCACCCGCCUCCUGACCUUCCCGGUACGCAUCUGAUCAGGCUGUGCCUGCAGGACAACCAGAUCAACCACAUCCCCCUGACGGCCUUCUCCAAUCUCCGCAAGCUGGAACGGCUGGACAUCUCCAACAACCAGCUGCGCAUGUUGACGCAGGGUGUCUUCGAUAAUCUCUCCAACCUGAAGCAGCUCACAGCCCGGAACAACCCCUGGUUCUGCGACUGCAGCAUUAAGUGGGUGACAGAGUGGCUCAAAUACAUUCCUUCCUCCCUCAACGUGCGGGGUUUCAUGUGCCAAGGGCCUGACCAAGUCCGGGGCAUGGCCGUCAGAGAGUUGAACAUGAAUCUUUUGUCCUGCCCCACCACGACCCCCGGGCGGCCCGUCUUCACCCCGGCUCCGAGCACCGCGGCUCCCACCACUCCACCUGUGCCCGCGCCCUCCGACGCACCCCGCGGCUGGGGCUCUACACCCCUCACCCCCACGCCGUCGAAGCUUCCCACCGUCCCCGAUUGGGACGGCCGGGACAGAGGCACCCCUCCGAUGUCCGAGCGGAUCCAGCUGUCCAUCCAGUUCGUGAACGACACGUCCAUGCAGGUCAGCUGGCUCUCUCUCUUCGCGGUGAUGGCCUACAAGCUCACGUGGGUGAAGCUGGGCCACAGCCUGGUGGGGGGCAUCGUGCAGGAGCGCAUCGUCAGCGGGGAGAAGCAGCACCUGAGCCUGGUGAACUUGGAGCCCCGGUCCACCUACCGGAUUUGUUUAGUGCCGCUGGACGCGUUCAACUACCGCGCGAUGGAAGACACCGUCUGCUCCGAGGCCACCACGCACGCCGCGUACUCGAACAACGGCAGCAACACGGCGGAGCACGCCACCUCCCACAGCCUGGGCUCCCCCUUUCUGCUGGCGGGCCUGAUCGGGGGUGCGGUGAUCUUCGUGCUGGUGGUCCUGCUCGGCGUCUUCUGCUGGCACAUGCACAAAAAGGGGCGCUACACCUCCCAGAAGUGGAAAUACAACCGGGGCCGGCGGAAAGAUGAUUAUUGCGAGGCGGGCACCAAGAAGGACAAUUCCAUCCUGGAGAUGACGGAAACCAGCUUUCAGAUUGUCUCCUUAAAUAACGAUCAGCUCCUUAAAGGAGAUUUCAGACUGCAGCCCAUUUACACCCCAAACGGGGGCAUUAAUUACACAGACUGCCAUAUCCCCAACAAUAUGCGCUACUGUAACAGCAGUGUGCCAGACUUGGAGCACUGCCAUACGUGACAGCCAGGGGCCCACCCCCGGCGUUCUCAAAGUGGACCGUGAAACUCUGGAGAACAACACACGUGUGCGCACAGACUGACACGCAAAUUACAUUUGAUAAAUGUUACCCAGAUGCAUUUGUGCAUUUGAAUACUCUGUAAUUUAUACGGUGUACUAUAUAAUGGGAUUUAAAAAAAAAAAGUGCUAUCUUUUCUAUUUCCAGUUAAUUACAAACAAUUUUGUAACUCUUUGCUUUUUAAAUCUGAAAAAAAAAAAAAACCUAGUUGCUGAUGUACUGUACAGGGUUGUACAAUGAGAACCCAAGCCCAAGGCAAAAGAACGAGUGAUUCUUCCUCAUGAUGCUGAUUAACCACUUGGCUGUUGAAGCUGUCACAGUGAAUUCCUCUGCUAGAGUUGCUGUUCAGUUAAAAGGGCAGAUUCCAAAAGGACUCGCGAGUGUAGCAUAAGUCAUAUGGGUGAAACAAGAAAUGGCCAAGAUAUCUUUGUGCUAUUUCUAUACUUCCUGAUCUGGAAGAAACGUUUAAAAAAAAAUUUCAAAAUAUAAGAAAGGAGGUAGUUACCCUGAUUUGACCCCGAGCAGGAAAUACAGAAGCAUCACGAGGAAGUCAGUUCCUGUGAGAUAAGUUAAUCCAACCCGAUAGAAUCAAGAAAAUGAGAUGAAAUUGAAGAGACCUUCAAAUCUGGGGGUUGGCUUUCUGACUAGGAACUUAGACAUCACUCCUUAUGUUUCUUUGGCCCUAUGGGGAAACGGCGUUAGAGAUCUGAGUCUAAUCUUGGUCAUCCUAAGGGACAGGUCUGGGGUCCCAGCAAGAGAACUCACUUUGAAAGAGUUACUAUUCAAAUGAUAUGUCAGGUUGAAUGACAUUUGACAGAACUAUAUUCUAGAAUACUUUUUUUAGAAGAGGCUAAUAAAAUAAUGGGAAGAAUUAUAUUGAAUGGAAUUAUUUUUGAUAAUGAGAAUUAUUUGGGUAGAUUCUUCGCGGCUAUGUCAACAUGAUAUUUAAGCCAAACAGAGAUCAACGUUUGUAUUAUACUCAAACACCAUGUAAUUUAAAGAACUUAUUGGUACCAUGUAGAAAACAAAAGCAAGUGAUCAGUGGUUCUGCUAUACUUUAUCAACUGACUUGGUUAAUGUCAUGUUGACAUAGCUUGCAUUAAUACCUUUAUCCCCGGGCAAAUUUUUGUCUUCCAAUCACCUCUCCCAUAUUUUCAUAGUUAGCUGUUUAUGCCACAUUUGUUUGCUUCAUCCUCUGCUCAAAAUCUGAAAAAAACAAUCAUCAAUGCCAGUUUUAGUUGCACAAUAAAUUUAUCAAUAUAAAUUUAAACACUUUAAAAUGGAUACUAACUUUCACUGCUAACAAUUCUGUAAGGAUACUUCAAAGCUGGCCAAAACAAUGUAUUUUUUGAAGAAGCAAUACCAAGUUUCCACCUUGGUCUGACUUUGAUCCUGUUCCAUUUUUGAAAUUUCAUUUAUUUCUUUUCAAUCUCGUAUGUUCCUCUUCUUUGGGAAAUGUGGAAGGAUAAUCAAUCUUAUAUUAACCAGAUAACAGAUGAAAAAUGAACAAGUCUGAAAAUGAAGGCUUGUUCUCUUUGUAUGAGACAAGCAGGGCAUCAAGCAGAAAGCAUAGAGAAGAGAGGGUUUCCUAUGUUUAAUUUUAGAUAUUUUGAUAAAUCUUCAAAAAAGCAUAUGUAAUUUACUCCUUCCCAUCCCUUACAUGUAGAAGGGCUAUAGAUCACAUACAUUACUUUUUAAAAGUACAUCCUUGGAAAAUUAUUUUUAAAAUAAAUCAUCAGCAUUUCACCCUGUGUUGCUUAUUUCCUGUUCAAUGGCCAUUAUUUUAGGAACCCACAAAGUUAAUAUCAUUUUUUUGCUUUCUCUUUCUCUUCCUCUUAACAAAAUAAAACUGUGAUGUGUCUUCUUUGUAAGAGUUUAGGUAUAAAAUGCUAUGCAAGUUUUUUCUUUAUAGUAAGAGCUUUAUUUUCUUUAAUAAUAUAUCCCCAACUUAUAUGUUUUAAUAUCCUUUGUCCCUCAGAAUAAGCAGAAAAUAUAACUAAAGCUUAUAAUGUUGUAGAAACAAGAAUCGAAACUGUGCAGUUGAGCUAAAACUAGCUAUAAUUUUUUUUAAUGAAUUUUAAAAUGACUUUGGUCUCCAUCUUAGUCUAUUAGCUAGUGAGUUUGGGUUUUUGCUUUUUUAAAGCUAGGUCUACACAGCAAAGGAAUGAGACAAUCUAUGAAGGGGAUCAGUGUAGUAGCACUAAGUCAUCUAAAAUGUGGGACAAUGAUAUGGGAUUUUGUAUAUUUCUGGAUAAUUCCCUUCUGCUGUCCUUUUCCCCUUUGGCUGUAUAGAUAAAACUAUGUGUUCAAACGAUGGUACUUUGACUUUUGAGGUUUUUAUUUUUUCUUUUUAUCCAAAAAGCAAUCAUCCUCAUUUAUUUUUAUUGUGUGUAUACUCCCAACUGGGAACUUCUGCUGCUGAAACUUCUUUGCAUUGGGCCAAGAAGACCAAGAUUGGAAAGGUUUCUAUAAUAUCCUGUAGGGUUCACAGAACUAUUUGGGGUUUAAGUGGUACAAUAGAGACCCUGUCAUCUAAAAAAGGUUCAAUAAUUUGGUUUCUUUACUAGAGUUUUUCUAAGAUAGAACCUAGUUACAGUAUUUAUUUUAAUCUUGUAUACAAAGUGAUGUAGACUACUAAAAUAAAAAUCAGACUCCCUUUUC